AUGUCGGCGCGACGCCGGACGCGACGGCGGUCCGCCAGACGGCCGGCGGCGCAGGCCGUCCUCCCUGACGAGAUCUGCGAGGAGAUCUUCCUGCGCCUCGACCGCCGCGUCGUCUCCGAGCGCCGGUUCCUCCGCCGCUUCCGGUCCCGCCGCUCCCCUGCAGUCCUCGGGUUCAUCAGUAUGGACAGACACCAAUUCGUCCCCGUCGAUCCUCCCCACCGCUCCGCUCCGGAAGCCCGCGCGCUCGAGCAAGCCGCCGACUUCACCUUCUCCUUCCUUCCCAACCCCAGUGCCAGUGGGUGGUGCUUUCGCCACGCCCUCGGUGGCCGCGUCCUCCUCGGCGGGCGCACCUCCACCAAAACCCAAUUCGAGGAUUUCCUAGUCUGCGACCCCCUGCGUCACCGGUACGUCAAGAUUCCCCGCAUACCCGACGAGCUAAUGGCCUCCACCCCACGCACUGGUACCACGCAUUUGUUACCCGUUUUGGCUCCAGCCGGCGAGAAUGACGAGGAGGAAUCGUUCAGAGUUAUCUGCACUGUGCAGCUCAAAGACAAGGUCGUUGCUUUCGUCUUCUCUUCCUGCAACCAGACGUGGCGAGGUAUUAUUAGCGGGCCAAUUACAAAAAUGGGACUAAGAAACAUCGGGACACUGGACCCACGUUCAUACACACAGACGGAUCCAUUUGUUAUCCACCCGAGUGUCAACAUGAUCAAAUUUUCUCAUUAUUAG